GGUUUGAAUUUUGAUUCUCCUGUUUCAGCCUCCCAGACUGCCAGGAUUGCAGGCGUGCGCCACUGUGCCCAACUAUCCUCCAGGCCCUUUACCCCCACACUCAUGGUGACCGUAGCUAAUCAAUGACUUAACUCUUAGAGAGGGAGCUGCUUCUCCCACCAAGGUCACCAGCUGGUAAAUGUCAGAGCUGGGUUUAGACUCCGGAACGGGAAGCAAACUCAGGACCCACAGCCCCAAAGCUGAAGAUUCUUGUUUUUUCUUUGGGCCAUCAACUGUUGGCAGCGUUGAGUUUUAAACUGUAGCACUUAGAAAACAGAUUGCAUGGCACUGUCCCAAUAGCCCAACGGUGUUCCCGUUGGGUAGUUGUCACCCCUUGGAGUAAUUGCAGCUGCCCCCCCCCACACUAUGGAGCUGAGGCAGGUGGCUCGGUCUGGGAUGAGUCUGUCCAUGGAGGAGCUGAAGGUAACAGCUCAGGAAGUGCUGGGGAGACUGAAGAGCCGCCACCUGUUCCAGUCUGAGUGGGACACUGCUGCCUUUGCGGUCCUUCUCACUUUUGUGGGCACUGUGUUGUUCUUGCUGCUGCUGGCCAUUGCCCACUGCUGCUGCCACUGCUGCUGUGCUUCCCCCAAGCACCAGAAAGUGAAACGUGGGAAGGAAAGACUCAAGGGAGUGGAUAACUUGGCCAUGGAACCCUAAUGUUAGUCCUCUGGCAUGUGUCCUGGGGCCAAGAAAUAAAGCUUGUCUGCCGAGCCUGA